UCUUCGUUGAAAUUUUGGCACCAUCGUCGAUCACUUUAUCUUUGUUUCUCUACUACCCCGUCGAAGGCCGAGAGCUUCACGGCUGUUACGGCACGAAACCCUAACCCUAGACGUCGAAUUCUGGAACGAGGGUGCUGAUUUCCAUCGCCAUUGCUGGAGGAGUCCAUCGUUGCUGGGUUUGUUGUUUUGUCAGCGUCUUGAAAUCCUUGAGGUGGAUCGGGGUGUAGCUCUGGUGGUGGUUGUGGCUGGGUUUUCCUGACGCGUUGAGCGGAGCUGCUGUUAUUGGUGUUGCGUGGGUAUGGGUGGUUUUUGAGCCCUAAUUUGGUGGUUUGUUUUGGAUUUGGACGCAUUUGUUGUGGAUUUUGUUGGGAUGGAGUCGGGGAGGUCGCGCUUCUUUUUGUUUCCUGAUUUUGAAGGUGCUUUCUGGCUCUCAAGAAUGUGAAGUGUUGGCCUUAUCAGUUGCUUUUGUCCUCCUUAUGCCUGGGAAUGAAGUUCCUGAUAAGGUUCACAAUUUUUUUGAGCAAAAUAAUUCGUCUCAGCAUCCUCAUUCACAAACAGUAGCCAGAAGUUGGUCUCUUGCAAACAGAAAUCACUGGCUUAGCUCUCAAAGUCAGAAUGGGAUUCGUAUUGGUUCUAAUGUAAAUAGUCAUACUGUCCGGUAUUCAGAGUCUGAUAGCGGAAACAGUUUUCAGUCUUCACAGUUUCCCUCUGGAAAUCUGAAUCAUUCAGGUUCAAAGAAGGAAGUCAUCACAAGCCAACUUAGAAAUCAACAGUCAACCUCAAAUGGGUCCACUCAUGGAUCUCAGACUUUCAAGUCAAGUACUGACCACACAAGGUUGCUAGAAGAUGGUAGAUUUUCAACCAUGCAAAGUCAGCAGCAGCUUACAAGGAGCCAGCAGCCUGGAAUGUCUCAACCUCAGCCUAGGGAACAGGCAGGGUCGAAUGACAUACAGUUGUUGCAACAGCAAUUAUUGUAUAAACAGCUACAAGAAUUUCAGCGGCAACAACAAUUUCAACAACUAAAUCAGGUAGUAAGGCAACAGAAUUCAGGCAGCCAGCUGGUUGGUUCUAAGCAGGCUGCUGUAGACAAACUGCCAGCUUUGCUCAAUGGCACACCCAUUAGCAAUGUGGGUAAUAGCCUGAGGCAAAAUGAAUUCGUGGGAAGUGAUGCAAAGAUAGCAAGCAGCUCUCAGAUGUUUGAUGGCAACUGGGCACAACACAGUGGUUCUUCAGCCAUGUAUGGAAUUACAAAUGGGCUUAUGCUACCUAAUGAUCAAGGCCAAGUAAUGCGGUCAAUGGGGUUUUCUUCACAACAGCCUGAUCAGUCCUUGUACGGUAUGCCUGUUUCUAGCGCCAGACCCCACUUGAAUCAAUAUUCUCAGUUCCAAGGAAUGCCUAAUGCUUCUUCUGGUGUGAUGACAAAUUCUUCUCAAAGAGGCCCUCCUGUAUUUACAGAGCAUGGACACACGCAAGAUGGCAUAAUGGUUACAAAGCAGGACUUACGAGGAAGUGGCUUAUUUGUGAGUGCUACAAAUCAAAAUCAAAUUAAUGGUAUGGCGACAGAACAAUUUCAUCAAAUCCCUCAUCAGUCUCGUAAUAUUCAGGUUCAAGAAAUUCCAAAGGGUCAGGAGCAAUCUGAUUUUUUAGGAAAUUUACAGGACAAGACUUUUGUGCAGGCUGGGGCUUCACAACAUGUGUCUAGUCUUGAUCCCACUGAGGAGAAGUUAUUGUUCGGUACUGAUAAUGAUGCUAGUUGGGUUGCUUCUUUUGGAAGAAGUGGCAACAGUAGCACAGGUGAGUAUCUUCAUGGAAAUCCUUUGGGAGAUAAUGAUUGCUUUGGUGCCUUUCCAUCAGUUCAGAGUGGAAGCUGGAGUGCUCUCAUGCUUGAUGCUCUAGAUGCUUCUAGUAGUGAUACUGGAGUUCAGGAAGAGUGGAGUGGCUUAAGUUUUCAGAAGACAGACACAUCCAUUGGGAACCAUUCUGCCUUAUUGAAUAACAAUGAAAAACAACAAGCUUGGAAUGAUAACCACUUGCAGAAUGCAUCUUUGAUUUCAAAACCUUUUCCUCCAUUUAAUGAAUCAGAAGCAAGCCCUAGUUGUCAGACUGCUCCGAACUUUCAGCCUUCCUCUGGAAGAUUUAACUAUGGGCAUAAUGACCAAGUAUCCAUCAAUGUUCCAAAUGAAUCAUCUCAGCAUUCAACUAAAGAAGCAGAGAAGCACUUGGAUCAGGAUCCCCAACAAAAACAAUUUAUGGAGGGUGGUUUCCAAGCACAAAUGCGACCAGACGGCUCUACUGGUGGUGCUUGGGUAGGACAUGCCUAUGAGCAGGCGAUGAGCGCAGCAAGUGCUGCAGAAUUGAAUUUGAAAACAGCAAAUACAAAGGGAGCUUGGGCUCAUCAUCAAAACACACCCUUGUCCAAUGUUGAUAGUGGCAGGCCCAAUCAUAAACAUGGUGGCUGGCACAUGAACGGUCCUGUGCCAGCUAACAACAGUGAUAUUUUGUCAUUUCCCAGUGAUAGGCAAUGGCAUGAUCAGAAAGCUGAUAUGAAUGAAACCAUGCAUGCAGAAAGGGACCAUGGUAGCGGCAUGUGGAAGACUGUUUCAAAUAAAGCUGAUUUGACUGGUGAGUUGGAGCCUUUGGAAUCUCAUAUUGGAAGUACCAAAAUGGGAGCUCAAUCUCCAUAUUUAAGUGGCUUUCCUGGUGCUAUGAGUGCAAGCUCUGUAGCAAGGAAUGAGGGAAUGAAUCAACAAGGAUUCAACAUUCAUCAAGUCAAUUUUGGGAGGCCUGUUUCUCUUGAUUCUUAUGUGAAAUAUAAGGGCAAUGAAACUAUUGGAUCAGUCCAGGAUCAGGUAGGUAGUGGGCCACAAACUUGGGACUCAUCCAUGAGAAAUGUUGAUAGAGGAUUUAGUGAAACUGGUGAUAAGCUCCCAAAAAUUGUCUUGAAUGAAAGCUGUUCUCCCAGUCCUUCUAAUUCCGGUAACCUUAGUGACAGGAGUGUUGAAAGGAGGAACCAAUUUGUGGCUGGAAAUGUUGCCCAUCAUUUUGGUGUUGGCAACCAAAAUACCAUUGGACAGUCUGGUCAACAAACUAUUGGUUCUCGCAAGUUUCAAUAUCAUCCCAUGGGAAACGUGGGCAUGAAUAUGGAACUUACUGAUGGCUCAAAUCGGAAUAUAUAUCGUCAAAGUCUGGCGCAGCAUCAAGGAUUGAAAAAUAUAAAUCAAGGUUUUGCUGGGCAUUCACAGUUUAUUAGUCAUGUUGCUUCCAACAAUGCCAUGAAUACUGGAAUGGAACAAGUAACUAAUUUUCAAAGAACUUCAAAAGGGCCGGAGGAAACACUAUCUGGAACCUCUGCUUCUUAUGCUGAGCCCACUAAAUCUACUUCAUUUGGUGGAACAACUGCUCAAUGGUCCCAGAACAACAGAGCAAAUCAGACAAGUCAAAAUAUGCUGGAGCUUCUCCAGAAGGUAGAUCAGUCAAAUGAGAACAAUUCUGUACCACAAUUCCAAUUUUCUGCUGAUAGGAUGCAAUCUGAGAUCCCCCACAUGGCUGCUGCUUCUGAUGGGUCUGCUUCACAUCAUCAGUAUAACCAGUCUUCUGCGUUGCAAGGUUUUGGUUUACGAUUGGCACCACCAUCCCAAAGGCAAGCAGUUGCAAACCAUGCAUUGUCCCGUCAGAUCUCACAUGAUUUAAAUGUACAGCAACUUGAUCCAGAGUCUGUGGGCUAUGACCAUAAACUGUCAAAUACUACUGCUUCAGCCCAAGCUCAAUCCCCACUUCCUGCAGACGAAACGUCUCAAAGAGAAAAUUCUGAUAAUGAUUCCAACUUAUCUGGCCAAGCAGACAAGUUUCAGUCUAGGCAUACAACCCAUUCUCCAACAUUGGGUUCAAGUUUUUCACAUCACAGAAAUACAAGCCAACAUGCUCCUCAAUUGGAAGCAAAGUCAGCCUCUUCUGCAUCAGGCAUGUCUAGACAAGCUGGUUACUCAACAAUGUUGAAUAAAGUUUGGAAAAACCUAUCGGCUAAUCGUCUGUCAGGUGUCCAACCUCAGAACUUUACUCCAAAUAUACUUCAGUCCAUGAUUCCAUCAACUAGUGGAAGGGAUGCAAACUUCUUGACCCCACAGAAAGCAGAUGAUCGAAAUAACAAAGGAAGCGCUGAUCUUGAAGGGUCUACUACAUGUUCUAUUAAUUCACAACAAAUCUCUCAUGGAAAUCCAGUUAGGGAAAAUUCUACACCACAAAUACCUCCUGCGAGAAUGGAUGCUCCUCCUGAAUUAGGUGUCGGACAUUAUGCACAAGAUCCAUCUGCAAAACAUAUUACAGGUGGUGAUCCUGCAGUCUCUGUUCCGUCUCUGGUCCGCCUGCACCAGCUAGACCUUAGAAGGGGAAAGCAUAUGCCAAAUUCAGCACAAGAUUCACAGGUCCAUGCACUUUCUCAGAAGGUUGCCUCUUCUAGUCAUGAUAUUGGGAUCCAUGGACAUGGUCCAAGAGCAUCAGAUGAUGUUCAACAACAACAAUAUUCAUUGCUGCAGCAGAUGCAGGCAAUGAAGGGUGUGGAUUCUGAUCAAGGUAAAAGCACUGAAUCAAAGAUUAAAGGAGCUGAUUUUAGUUCUCUUAGCUCACAGAUGCGCUGGAAGGCAGCUCAGUUGUUUAAUUACGGACAGAACACCGUUUUCAGGGUUCCUACUGAUGGUGAAUUGGGAUUGAAUUCACAUGGCCCAUUGUCAUCUGAGAAGAAAAUGCUAAGCUUUUCACCACAAGAGAAUCAUGACAAAAGCCCAAGCUCCUCUUCUCAGAUUGUUGGUAGAGAGGUAUCUUCUCAGGAUCUCUGUACUCCUGGAAGAAAUGAUGUUCAUCCUCAUUCUGUUCCUUUGAGUUCCCAAUCAGCUUUUGUGGGAGGAAGUGAGCGCCCCUUUGUUAGCCCCCAAAUGGCCCCUUUGUGGUUUGAGCAAUAUGGAAAUUAUAAAAAUGGUCAGAUCCUUGCUUUGUAUGACAAGCAGAAUGCUGUAAAAUUUGGCAACCAGCAGCACUUCUUUGCAAAAUCUUCUGCAAGCAUGGAUAACAAUGCAGUGCUGGAUCAGAGAAAUGAUAUAGGCAGUGUAACAAGUCUUGGGCAAGGUACAUCUUCCUCUGUAGUUGACUCUGAUGAAGUGGUGCCACCUGUCUCUCUGGUUCAUGAUUCAGUUUUGAGGCCAAAGAAGCGUAAAAUUUUAACAUCAGAUAUUGCAUGGCACAAGGAGGUCAGUCAGGGACCUCGAAGGCGGCGUAGUAUUAGCAUUGCUGAGCUGGAAUGGGCUCAGGUUUCAAAUAGACUGAUUGAGAAGGUUGAAGAUGAGUUUGAAUUGUUUGAGGAUGGUCCAUCAAUUCCUCAACCACGGAGGAGGAUAAUAUUGACUACCCAGCUAAUGCAGCUAAUCUUUCCUUCCGUACCAACGACAAUACUUACUGCAGAACCGAGUUCAUGUUAUGAAAAUCUGACCUACUUUGUUGCUAGAUCAGCACUUAGCGAUGCAUGUAAUUCAACUUUUUCUUCAGGAAGCAGUUCUAGUGUGGACAUCCACAGUGGAAAUAUGAACUCUGAGAGUAUCAAAACAUCUGAAGAAAGCAGCAAGCAUAUCAUCUUAAAAUUUAUGGAAGGUGUCAUUGGAAGAACUAGGAAACUAGAAAGUGAUUCAUCAAGAUUGGACAAGCGCAUGUCGCUACUAGAUGUAAGAGUAGAAUGCCAGGAGUUGGAAAGGUUCUCCAUUAUCAACCGGCUAGGCAAGUUCCAUGGCCGGAGUCAAGCAGAGGGCGUCGAGAGCUCAACCUCUGAAGGUGCCCCUCGCAGAAUAUUCCUCCAGAGAUACGUUACCGCUCUCCCCGUGACCGGGAAUCUUCCUGAAGGGACACCUUGUUUCUCGCUCUAGAUCUCCAUAUCCCUUCGAUAUUUUUGCCCUAUUCACAAGCAUCGGCCGCCUGUACCCCAUGCCUGUCGUGCGCAUCCACUCUCUCUCAUAUAAAGAAGCUGAAAAUCCCGGGCGCAAAAUUAGCUGAAAGUCAUCACUUUAACAUAAAGAAGCCGAUGCGAACCUCAUUCCCGGCCGUUGCUCAAUCUGUUAGUACACCCUUUUUUUGUAUAUUCAUGAAAAAUCGAAAAAGGAGAUCCAGGGUCAACAAUGUUUUCCCACAUUAAAGUACCAGUGAUCUGUCUUAUAUUAUUGUCAGAAAUACAUCACCUUCUUGUAGUUUUCUA